AUGAAUACUACCGUUAAGAAAAUGAUAACAAAGCUAACUGAUAUUAAAGAUUAAAUUAACUUAAAUGAUGUUUUCUUGAAUGAAAAACUGUAUUAGAGCAAAGUAAUUGUUUUGGACUCUUUAUUAGCGGCGUAGCUUUUAAUAGAGGAUGUAUUUCUUAAGAUUCCAAUGGCCACCAUUAAUUCUAAUAUAGAUAAAGAAGAGAUUAUUAAUGUAGCAGAGGGAUUAAUAAGUCUUAUUGAUGAAAUUACAAAGCAUGUUAACGUUCAGGCAAAAGUAAAUGGUUCUCCAUUAAUUAAUGAUGGGUAAAUCAUAAAAUGGUAAUUGUCAAAAAUUACGAAAGGAAAGUUUAAUACGCAAUUUAACAUUGAAAGAGAUUAAUUAGAUGGUUUGAUUGACUAUGUUCAAAAAGAACAAAUAGAAUUAAAAUACAAUUACUUAAAUCUAUCUCAACAAUUAUAAACCUAAUUGCAAACAUUCUUUAAUUUAACCACCCUAUAAAUAAAUGAAAAUUCAUAUAAGAAAAUUUAUCUAUAGAAUCAUCUUUAUAAUAAUCAUUCUCAAUAUUAUUAGGAUCCCCUUACAACAUACAUAAUCGAUAUGAUUUAAAUUCCAUACUGUUUAGAAUAGGCUCCUUUAGAAAAACCAUAUUCAUAUGAUUGUGUUAAUAUCAAUAUGAAGGGAUAAUUAUUUAAAUGUGAUUUAAUAACUGAAGAAAUUGAUAAUACAACUGUGUAAGUAUCAUGUAGAUGUCAAAAACUAGGAAGUAUCUUUCUAAUUCAAUAUCCCAACAACUCAGCUAUAUAAUAAAAUGGCACCUAUAAUUCUUAGGAAAAUAGAAUUAAUUCAAAUAUAAAAUUAGAUGAAUAACCAAUUUUAUUAUUUCAUGGCAUUUUCAUAGUUUUUUCUUUCCUCAUUUAUUAUGAAUUACUUUAAAUCGAAAUGAGAUCUAAAUAAUAGCAAGUAGAAUCCAGAUUAGAAACAGAAAAUAGUGUAGAUGAAGCUUUGAAAUAAGGAAAAAUUCAAUAAAUCAUCUUUUAUCCAGGAAAUUUUGUUUUAUUCAAAAAAUACUUCAAAUUUAUUCAUGAAGUAUUAUCAUGCUUUUAUAAGGGAGAUCCUAUCCUUCCCAAAAGUUAUCGAUUUUUGUAGCUAUCAAUUAAAAUAAGUAUUUUCAUUUUAUUUACAUUUUUGUAAAUAAAUUUGAUAGGUGUAUAUCAACUUUUCACAAUAUUAUUUGCCAAUUGUGGAAUUUACUUACUUAUUCGAAUGAUUUUAAAGAUCUUUCAGUCAGUUUAUAGAUUUGGUGGGAAAUGUAGUAAUUCUAUAGUAAUCUUUUAUCUCUUAAUACAUUUAUUAUGCUAUUUAGGGCUUGUUCUAUAAUUGAAGCAAUGGUACAUAUGUAUUUAUCUUUUUAGUUAAAUAGACAUUUAAAUAAUCAAUAUUGAAGUUUCACUUAUUAUAAUAGGCUCACUCUUUUAAUUUUAUGUUAUUAUGGAACCAAUUAUGAUAUUCUCAAGAAUAUUUCUUUUUAGACAUAUCGCCAUUUAAAGUAGACAUUAAACAAUUACUCCUUUAAAUUAACUAUUCUACUUUUUUGUUUAACAUAACACAUUAGAUGAACAUCUUAAUAAUUAUUGA